GCCCUGCCGGUGUCCUCCCUCCAAGCCCGCGCUCCAUGGCCGACCCCUUGCCGCCGCGGACCCGCGGCCCAGCCGUCGCCGCGAUGCCGCAGAGUCCGACGCGCAUCUCCCGCCUGCAGGAGAAGGAGGAGCUGCGGCAGCUGAACGACCGGCUGGCCGUGUACAUCGACAAGGUGCGGAGCCUGGAGACGGAGAACAGCGCGCUGCAGCUGCAGGUGACCCAGCGGGAGGAGGUGCGGGGCCGCGAGGUCAGCGGGCUCAAGGCGAUCUACGAGGCGGAGCUGGCGGACGCGCGGCGGGCGCUGGACGACACGGCGCGGGAGCGCGCCAAGCUGCAGAUCGAGCUGGGCAAGCUGCGCGCCGAGCACGAGCAGCUCCUGGGCAGCUAUGCAAAAAAGGAAUCUGACCUCAGUGGAGCCCAGGUCAAACUUCGUGAGUUUGAGGCAGCCCUGAAUUCUAAAGAAGCUGCACUGGCCACAGCUCUUGGUGAUAAGAAGAGUCUGGAGGGAGAAAUUGAAGAUUUGAAAGAGCAAAUUAGAGAGCUUGAAGCUUCUAUAGCUGCUGCCACGAGCCAGCUUAUAAACGAAACUUUGCAGAAAGUGGACCUUGAGAACCGUUGUCAGAGCCUCCUUGAGGACCUGGAAUUCCGUAAAAAUAUGUAUGAGGAGGAGAUCAACGAGACGAGAAGGAAGCAUGAGACGCGCCUGGUGGAGGUGGAUUCUGGGCGCCAGAUCGAGUACGAGCACAAGCUGGCCCAGGCCCUCCACGAGAUCCGAGAGCAGCACGACGCACAAGUGAAGCUCUACAAGGAGGAGCUGGAGGAGACUUACCAUUCCAAGCUGGAGAGCGCCAGGCUGUCCUCGGAGAUGAGCAGCUCUGCGGCCAACACCAUCCGGGAGCAGCUGAACGAGAGCCACAUGCGCAUCGACAGCCUGUCCUCCCACAUCGCCAGCCUCCAGAAAGAGUCCAGAGCAUGGCAGGACAGAGCACAGGAGCUGGAGAGCAGCUUGGCCCAGGAGCAGGAGAACUGCCGCAAAACACUGGCAGAGAAGGAGAAGGAAAUUGCAGAGAUAAGAAAUCAGAUGCAGGAGCAGCUGAAUGACUACGAGCAGCUCCUGGAUGUUAAACUGGCACUUGACAUGGAGAUCAAUGCAUACCGGAAAUUGCUGGAGGGUGAAGAGGAGAGGCUGAAGCUGUCCCCCAGCCCCUCCUCGCGGGUCACCGUCUCGCACGCCUCGUCCAGCCGCAGCGUGCGCACGGCCGGCGGCAAGAGGAGGAGGAUUGACGUGGAGGAGUCCGAAGCCAGCAGCAGCGUGACCAUUUCCCACUCUGCCUCCGCCACGGGGAACGUGUCCAUCGAGGAGAUAGACGUGGACGGGAAGUUCAUUCGCUUGAAGAACACCUCUGAGCAGGAUCAACCUAUGGGAGGUUGGGAGAUGAUCCGAAAAAUAGGAGACACUUCUGCAAGUUACAGAUAUACCUCAAGAUACGUACUAAAGGCAGGCCAGACUGUUACAAUCUGGGCUGCAAAUGCUGGAGUAACUGCGAGCCCUCCCACUGACCUCAUCUGGAAGAACCAGAAUUCCUGGGGCACCGGGGAAGAUGUGAAAGUUGUGCUGAAGAAUUCUCAGGGAGAGGAGGUUGCUCAGAGAAGCACUGUGUUCAAAACAACAGCACGUAAAGGGGAAGAUGAAGAAGUUGAGGAAGAAGUAGCUGAAGCUCUGGAUGAGGAAGACAUUUACCGUCAGCAGGCAGAGCAAAGGGCAUCCAAAGGAAGCUGUGUGGUCAUGUGAAAUUCCAGCCACUCCAGGCUCCUCCAGCCGUGGUAAUCCCUGCCUGCAGAACAGAGCCUUCUGAGAAGCACAACGUUAUUUUCCUGUCUGUGAAUUUUUAAAGCUGCGAGUCUGAUGGCCUUAAACUUCCUC